GUGCACGACUAGCUAGUGUUGUAUUGAAGUUGUGAUACUCUCGGACGUCGUAGUUGUAUCGUUGGAAUGUGUCCUUUAGUAUAGAUAGUUGAGGCUGUAGGUUACAGGCGGCUCACACUUUUGUAUAAAGUAACAGAAUGUUUCUUUUGUACGUAUGUAUGUUUUCCUUACAAGAGCUCUUUUGUGUUGCUGCUUGAGUGACUGGUUCCCUACACCUGCUAUUAUUACUAUCGCUCUGUAUACUUUGAGAUUGCUGAGAUCAGGAUAUCGUUCGAUGGAGGUGCCACCUCUCUCAAUUUUGCCGAGGCUGCUCUGCUCAUUCAGGGAUCAGCCUGCAUAUACAGCAGAAAGGUGGAGUAUCUUCAUGCACUAGUCUAUCAGACACUGGACCUCCUCUCUAGCAAAAGGAAAUUGGCUCAUGGGUCGUCGGUGGAUGACCAGGGCAGAGACUCUGAUGUCUCCGUUCGUCAUGAAGAGCCGCUACUGGUGUUGGACGACCUGCCAGUCAGUAACGUUGACAUGGGAGAGAAAAACUGUAACACCACUCUAAUG